AUCAAAACGAAGGCACAGAUAAUAAACCCAAAGACAAAGCUGCUACUGUAGGGAUUAACUGAACCUAACAUCGAACACGUGGACUCUGUUCUGCAUUACAAGACCAAGGACUUCGAGUCGUAAAGAUUAAGGAAGGAGUUCGCACAUUCAAAUCAAAUCAAAUCAAAUGAAGCAGCUUGCGAAAAACAUCACACAUAGUAUAUAUGCAUACACAUAAGAAACAAGCGCGGUUGGAAUUGAUGUCUGGUUGUUCCGAGGAGGAGGGGAUUUCGUUCUCGGACGCCGAUCGUCGCGGUUACGAAGGAGGCAGUGACGACGAUUCCGAAAUGGGGAAGAGUCAACUUCGCAGAAGACGAAGGGUCAGUGGUUUUGGGAAGGUGGUUGUGCAUCAAUUCGCGAAAGCGAAGAAGCAAAUACGCAGAGUCAGAAGCAGAAAGAGUCUUCUUGGGAAAUCGCGUCCGGGGAACGAAGAAGGUAAGGUGAUUGUUGUCCACGGUGACUGUAGUGGAGGAAGAAGGAGAGGGAAUGGGUGUGGGUUUUGUUUUUCGCGGCCCAAAGUGUUGGAAUCACCUAAUGAGUCUCCCACGAGUGAUCCCAAUGACCCUAAUUUCACUCAGGCCAUGUUGAGAACUUUGAUAGACAAGAAUGAUUUCUAUUCCAAAGAAUGCAACCCUCACUUGGAUUAGUUACUAUUGCAGAUUCCUUGCGUUCGAUUGGGUUUUAGGAUAAUCUGCUCAAUUUGAAGUGGUGUAAGUAAAAUGAUGAAAUUGUGACAUUAUGAUGGCUCGUAAGGGAGGUAAUUGAAUGUUCAAUAAAAGUGGUAGAGAUGUGACUUGAGAGGCUGGAACUGUGUAAUGUCAGACCCUCAUUUGCAUUUUUGUUCAUUUAGAGCAAUGUGGUGUAAGAAGUUAUAGAUAAGAAACUUGCUGCAAUUCAAUGAAUACGGAUUCAAAAGUUUGAACGGAUUAAUAUGGAUUGGAGAAUGGAAGGUUGCUUGAUCAAGUGCUGCUGUUGGAGAGGUUGGUGAAAUUUGGAUUCUUUGAUAUUCUGGAGUUUCUACUUGUCCCAAUUUGGAGAAGUGGUGUACAUAUCAAUACUGAAAAUUUUUGAAGGCUGUUAUUUUCGUAAUCUCUUUCUAGCUGUCAGCACUUUUUGAUUGGUUUCCUCGUGCAUGCAAAUUUUUCGUUCAGCUUGUUAGAGGUCUUGAGUGGUUGCAAAUUAUGGAAUUUUUUGGCAUUGCAACCUGAGAUAAAUCGUUGCUCUGAACAUCAGUUUGUUCUGAUUCUUUUAUAAUUCGUGUCCUCAUGUAUUUGAUGAUAUUUGGAAAUGACAAUGGUUCUCAUUCUUGAGUCUGCAUAUAUCUGGGAGAUUUCAGAGAACAAAUUAAGAAGUCAUUUUGUAUUUAAAGUCGGGAAGUUUUGCAAGAUAAUAAAUUGUUCUGCAUAUGUUUGUCGAUGAUGAAGUAUUUUAAUACGCUUCAUAUGUUUGUCACUUAUUCUUUCUAGCCUGCUGGCAUCAGUGGGUUUCCAUGAUAAGCCAUAUGCAUAAUCAGUAUGUAUUUCAAUCUUUCUCUUCUAGUUGUGGAGCUUUCUUUGGUUCCUCCAAGAUCUUUUCUACAUUCGACAAUUUUAUGCUUUCUUCUUUUUCAUUUGGAUGGAUGCUUACAGUCCAAUUUCAAGGGAGUUCAAUAUUGAACAUUUCUAAUUAAGGGGUUCAAUUAACAUUUUUAUAUAUGUUUCAAAUUACUUCCAAUGUUACGAACGUUUUUCAAACAUUUUAUCAUAUUUAUUUCAUUUUGUUACUUCAUCUCAAGAAAAUUUAGUUUCUGCCAGAAAAAUUCUUUGCUUCAAUUUAUUCCCAGCCAAAAGCAAAGUUAUAGCAGUCUUUAUGGGAUUUUUCAUGAUGCAGGAGGGAAACCCUUUACUUUUGUGGUUUUGUUUGUGUAGCACCAUGCCAUUCCAUAUUGACUAAAGAAAUUGAAAGGGAGGGUUGGUAAGGCGUUGUGGUUGUGAUCCAGUGGCUUCUGUACGAAAGCCGAGUUCAAGGUACACAUUUUACUAUGGUCCAGCUGUUGAGUUAUUCUGUUAGAUGUGUGAUCUAGGUCUACUUAUGGUCCCAAACUUGGUAGUGGAAACCAUGGAGGUACAGCUUCUGCUUGGCUGAGACUUGUAUCUUUGACCCAUAGCAAGGCUAAAUUCUUUAUGACUUAUAUUUUAGUUUUAAACAUUCUACAUGAGAUACAAAACAAGAAAACCAAGAUAAAGAAGAAGAAAAAGGUAGUUCUGUUUGUUGAUUUAUCUUUCUAGUGUUUGAUGGUGGCAUAUAGUCACUAUUUUUUCUGGCAUCUAUUUCAUUCUCAUCUCUAAUUCUGAGGCUGAUGCCCUGUAAUGUACUCAUUUAUUUAUUUGGGCGUGGAGGGAUGGAUGUUCACCACACUACUGCGCUUUUGUUGAAAUUUGUUUGUCUAGCUUUCAUUUUAUCUUUUUUUUUUUUUGCUUUGAUUGAAAAUUUAAGUGUCUAGAUUUUGAUUUUUGUAAUUAAAGAAUCAGUAAUGUAAUGGAUGAAGGAGAAA